CCCUCUCCCCCGCCCCCUUUUAAUUUUUCUUUCUCAGUCUCUCGGAGCACAAUUCCAAACAUUUUCCAAACCAACAAAGAAAAAGUUCGCACGCUGGCACCGUGGCCAGGACAGGCUGGCGGUCUGCGGCGGGUUAGCCCAACCAUCCCCCGGACACUUGACUCAACCUUGCAUGCAAGUGUGUAGACAGUGUGUAGGUGGGUGGGUGGGAGGCCGAGUCCCCCACCCCCGCCCCUGAAACUUCCAUAGCAAAUAGCAAACAUCCCGCUAGAUUCAAUUGCGCAGCCCCUCCCGGUGGGCAGCGCACUAUGCGGCUCCAGUGGGCGUCCCUGCUGCUGCUGAUGUGUGCGUCCUGCCUGUCCCUGACUGCUGACAACCCCACCAGGGCACCUGCCCAGGAUAGAACAGGACAGCUUCGGGCUGCUGCAGCGGCCGCCCAGCCCGGGCAGCUGCAGGGGGAGGAGACGCAGGAGCUGGACCAUCCGAAUCUCCUGGCCAAGCAGCGCAGGAGCAGCGGGCUGGUGCAGAAUAUAGACCAGCUCUACUCUGGCGGUGGCAAGGUGGGCUACCUUGUCUAUGCCGGCAGCAGGAGGUUCCUGCUGGAUUUGGAGAGGGAUGACUCAGUGGGUACCGCUGGUGGCAUCCUUACUGCAGGAGGCGGGCUGAGUGCAUCAUCUAGCCACCGGGGUCACUGCUUCUACCGGGGCACGGUGGAUGGCAGCCCAAGAUCCCUAGCUGUCUUUGACCUCUGCGGGGGUCUCGAUGGCUUCUUCGCUGUCAAGCACGCGCGCUACACUCUGAAGCCCCUCCUGCGUGGAUCCCGGGCCGAGGCCGAGGCCGGACGAGUGUACGGGGAUGGAUCUUCGCGCGUUCUGCACAUCUACACCCGUGAGGGCUUCAGCUUCGAAGCCCUGCCGCCACGCGCCAGCUGUGAGACUCCCGCGUCCCCGCCUAGGCCUCAAGAGCGCCCCUCGGUGCACAGUAGUUCCAGGAGACGCGCAGCUCUGGCUCCGCAGCUCUUGGACCAGUCAGCCUUCUCACCAGCUGGGGAUGCAGGACCCCAGACUUGGUGGAGACGGAGGCGCCGUUCUAUCUCUAGAGCCCGCCAAGUGGAGCUCCUUUUGGUGGCUGACUCCUCCAUGGCGAGGAUGUAUGGCAGGGGCCUGCAACAUUACCUGCUGACCCUAGCCUCCAUUGCCAACCGCCUGUACAGUCACGCUAGCAUUGAGAACCAUAUCCGCCUGGCUGUGGUGAAGGUGGUAGUUCUGGCCGACAAGGACAAGAGUCUGGAGGUGAGCAAGAAUGCCGCCACGACCCUCAAGAACUUUUGCAAGUGGCAGCACCAACACAACCAGCUAGGGGAUGAUCAUGAGGAACACUACGAUGCAGCUAUCCUGUUCACCCGAGAGGAUUUAUGUGGGCAUCAUUCAUGUGACACCCUGGGAAUGGCAGACGUUGGGACCAUAUGUUCCCCGGAGCGCAGCUGUGCUGUGAUUGAAGAUGAUGGCCUCCAUGCGGCCUUCACUGUGGCUCACGAAAUUGGACAUCUACUUGGCCUCUCCCAUGACGAUUCCAAAUUCUGUGAAGAGAAUUUUGGUUCCACAGAGGACAAGCGUUUAAUGUCGUCAAUCCUCACAUCAAUCGAUGCAUCUAAGCCAUGGUCCAAAUGCACUUCAGCCACCAUCACAGAGUUCCUGGAUGAUGGUCAUGGUAACUGCUUGCUAGAUCUACCACGGAAGCAGAUUCUGGGUCCUGAGGAACUCCCGGGUCAGACCUAUGAUGCUACCCAGCAGUGCAACUUGACCUUUGGGCCUGAAUACACUGUGUGCCCUGGCAUGGAUGUCUGUGCCCGGCUGUGGUGUGCCGUGGUGCGCCAAGGCCAAAUGGUGUGCCUGACCAAGAAGCUGCCUGCUGUGGAGGGGACGCCCUGUGGGAAGGGCAGAAUCUGCCUGCAGGGCAAGUGCGUGGACAAGACUAAGAAAAAAUAUUACUCAACAUCAAGCCAUGGAAACUGGGGAUCCUGGGGCCCCUGGGGCCAGUGCUCUCGCUCAUGUGGGGGAGGAGUACAGUUUGCCUAUCGCCAUUGCAAUAACCCUGCACCUCGAAACAGUGGCCGUUACUGCACAGGAAAGAGGGCCAUAUACCGCUCCUGUAGUGUCACGCCCUGCCCACCUAAUGGUAAAUCUUUUCGUCAAGAGCAGUGUGAGGCCAAGAAUGGCUACCAGUCUGAUGCUAAAGGAGUCAAAACUUUUGUGGAAUGGGUCCCUAAAUAUGCAGGUGUCCUGCCAGGAGACGUGUGCAAACUUACCUGCAGAGCCAAGGGCACUGGCUACUACGUUGUCUUUUCUCCGAAGGUUACAGAUGGGACUGAGUGUCGGCCGUACAGCAACUCUGUGUGUGUCCGAGGAAGGUGCGUGAGAACUGGUUGCGAUGGCAUCAUUGGCUCAAAGCUGCAGUAUGAUAAGUGUGCAGUUUGUGGCGGGGACAACUCCAGUUGUACAAAGGUUAUUGGAACCUUCAACAAAAAAAGUAAGGGCUACACGGAUGUUGUGAGGAUCCCUGAAGGAGCAACUCAUAUAAAAGUCCGACAGUUCAAAACCAAAGACCAGACUAGAUUCACUGCCUAUUUAGCACUGAAGAAGAAAAGUGGUGAGUACCUUAUCAAUGGCAAGUACAUGAUCUCCACUUCAGAGACUAUCAUCGACAUCAAUGGUACGGUCAUGAACUACAGCGGGUGGAGCCACAGAGACGAUUUUUUGCAUGGGAUGGGCUAUUCGGCCACAAAAGAAAUUCUGAUCGUACAGAUUCUUGCAACAGACCCAACUAAAGCAUUAGAUGUCCGUUACAGCUUCUUUGUUCCCAAGAAGUCCACUCAAAAAGCAAACUCUGUCAUUAGCCAUGGCAGUAACAAAGUGGGACCACACACCGCACAGCUACAGUGGGUGACAGGCCCAUGGUUGUCCUGCUCUAGGACCUGUGACACAGGCUGGCACACCAGGACGGUGCAGUGCCAGGAUGGAAACCGGAAAUUAGCAAAGGGGUGCCUUCUCUCUCAGAGGCCUUCUGCAUUUAAGCAAUGUUUGCUGAAGAAAUGUUAGCCUGUGGUUUGUUCUCCUGCACAGAGAUAACUGGAGGGUCGUCAUAGAUACAAUUGUGGUGAAGACAAGGCCUAACCAAGGCACAGAAAGUAGUGCUUCAAUGUCAUUGUCACCAGGAGUCGACUUAUGGGCAGAAUCUGCUCUCUGUGACCAAAACAUGUACAUUGCUUCUCGUUAUGAUGGUGACCUUGAAAUACAGAAAACGGGGAAGUUAUGGAACAUCCCUGGGCCUACACAAGAGAGACACACAGUGAUGAAUGUAGAAUUGAGGACAUCUGAAGAUGGCAGAGAAGUCUUGUCACCUACCUCUUAUAGAAUGUCUUCAGAGGCAUUGUGAUCGUGUUCAAUAAUGACACACAGAUUAUUUUUACUGUUUGUAAAUGCAUCUGCCCUUGGAAUGUCACUUUAUAUACUUGGUCCUAUUAAUAUAUAUAUAGUAUAUUUCUAUUAAAAAAAAGUAUUUGACCAAAGUAGGUCUGCAGCUAUUUCAGCUACUGGCUUCCAGAAAGAGCUGUGGAAGAUUUACUGGAAAUUAAGAACUUGCUGCUGUUGAAUAAGAUUUUGUGUAUUUUCUGACUACAGGAGAUAACAUUUUAGUCAAAAAAAAAAAAAAAAAAAGCAUUUUGACAGCAAGCAUCUUCUGAGAAAUUCUAAAAGGGACAGGAUCUGUGUAUAUCUGGUCAUUUAAAAAAAAUCCUCAGGUCCACAUACUCUAACUUUGACUAUCUGUGUUUUUUUCAGGCAGUCAGCCAUUUUAUUGUAUUAUUGUGGUGUAGAAAUUGUGUUCUCCUGUGUAUAUGUGAUCAAUAUCCAAGGGUCUCAAUUAGUUUGCUUGUAUUGGAAUUUAAAAGGAAAAAAAAUGUCACUGUGUUUUCAAUUUGUAGUUUCACAACUGCUUAUUUUCUGUGGCUCCCAGUUAAUAUUUCACAAUGUGUAGUAAACAUACACAACACACAACAUCAUGUUAUCUGUCACAUCGGACACCUUUGGACCAGCAUACCUCUUCUCAGCCAGCCUUUAAAAUGUGUUAGUGUUCGCUUAUUUGUUUUUUCUUGACGGUUGGAAAAGACUUAUGUUCCAUAUUGACUAGGUCUAACAGUAAUGUUAAAGCCACUUCAUGUUUAGUCUCCUCUAGAAGAAACAGUUGGUAUUAAUUCAAUUACUUCAAAAAGUCAAACUCAUUAGCAUUAAUAAGACUGUUGCUACACCAUAGGCAAUCAUCUCACAAUUUAAAAAAUAUAAACAUAUACCUACUGUAUUAGACAAUUUUCCCAAUUGUAAAGUGUUUGACUAUACCAGUGAGAGCAUAGAUAAUGAAAUGUAAGGGUUUCCAGGAAGUCUCCUGCUUUCGGAGGAAGGCUGCACAUUGAAAAUAGUUAAUACUUAUAAACAGAAAAUAUCCUUUAGAUUAUACACCGCACAACCCCCUCGGAUAACUCUAAUAAUAUGACAUGUUUUAUUCCACUGGGAUUUCUAUUUUUCUUUGUGAAAUACAGCAAAGCAAAUUGUUUUAUGUAAAUUUUAUAGUGAUCAUACCAAAUGUGCCUACUGUUAAAGAUUUGUAUAUAAGGAUUUUAAGAAAUCCUGGUUGGAAUCCCACUAAAUGUAUGAGAGUUUAUUUUUAUUAUAGGAUAUUUUAAUAUAAAGAAUUAUGUAACUGA